UAAUCAGAUCUGUGGGUGGAUCUUCCUCUUCUCCGCCGGUUGUUGCUUCAGUCAUAUACGUUCACGAAAAAAACCGGCCGCUGUAAUAAAGGAUAAAAUUGAUGCCAUCACAUUUAUUUACACAAUCCAGGCGUGCGCACUUAUAUUUCAUAAUUAGUCUUGUAUAGAAAAGUUAAAGAUGGAUUUUAACGUGAAGAGACUGGCAGCGGACGCUGGUACUUUAUUCAGUCGGGCGGUGCAAUUCACAGAAGAAAAAUUCGGCCAGGCUGAGAAGACUGAGUUGGAUGCACAUUUGGAUAAUCUCCUCACCAGAGCUGAAACCACUAAACACUGGACCGAGAAGAUUUUGAAGCAGACAGAAGUGUUACUGCAGCCAAACCCAAAUGUCAGAAUAGAAGAAUUCCUGUAUGAAAAACUGGACAAAAAGGUGCCCACACGGAUGAACAACCAUGAGCUUCUGGGUCAGUCCAUGAUUGACUCUGGGAAUGAAUUUGGACCUGGAACAGCCUACGGAAACGCUCUGAUAAAGUGCGGCGAGACAGAGAAGCAGAUCGGAGGAGCGGAGCGAGAGUUAAUUCAGAGUUCUGCCAUCAAUUUCCUCACGCCUUUCCGCAACUUUUUAGAAGGAGACUUCAAGACUAUAUUGAAAGAGCGCAAACUGCUUCAGAACAAACGACUGGACCUAGAUGCUGCAAAGACCAAGCUAAAAAAAGCCAAAAUGGCUGAUGCCAGAGCUCUGGCUGAGCAGGACCUGAAGAUGACACAGAGCGAGUUUGACAGACAGGCAGAGAUCACCAGGCUUCUUCUGGAAGGAAUCAACAGUACGCAUGCCCAUCAUCUCCGCUGUCUAAAUGACUUUGUGGAAGCUCAGAUGACAUAUUAUGCCCAGUGUUACCAGUACAUGGUCGACCUCCAAAAGCAGUUGGGAAACUUCCCUUCGGCUUUCUCUUCCAACAACAACCAGUCGACAGCCAGCGGCACGGCCAGCAUCUCCGUACCCAUCCUGCCACUCUCAGGCCCUCUUCCUGCCAACACAGCCAAUGCGUCUUCAGGUUUCACCGAGCUGCAAAACUUCAGCGGGAGCCGUAAAGCGCGGGUGCUGUACGAUUACGACGCCGCGGGCAGCAACGAGCUCUCUUUAUUGGCUGAUGAGGUGAUCAUGGUGAGCAGCGUCCCAGGCAUGGACUCUGAUUGGCUGAUGGGUGAACGUGGGAAUCAGAAGGGAAAAGUGCCUAUUACUUAUUUGGAGCUGCUAAAUUAAGAGAAAAAAACAAGUGUUGUUGGAACCAAAAGAGAAACGUAUAGUGUAUUCCAGCUGUGCUGCGUACCGUAUAUGCAACCUUGACAUCUAGUGCUGCUCACAUACAACAGUAUUUUAUCAGAUGUGACGUCUUGCAGUCCCAGAAUGGGAAGAGGUUCUAACCGGACGAGUGUUUACAAAUGAAUUAAUGCAGUUUUUUUUUUUUUUUGUGCUUUUGAUGUGACAUGCCAAGCAAAAACCAAGCAAGAGUGUCUUAUUUGAGUAUUUACAUGUGUUUACAACAAGUAAGUAUUAAGACUGAUUGUCAUUUUUAUCAAUUUUAAAUUGGUUUCCAUUCUGUACAUUAACUCAUUUCAGGUUCUAGAACACUUCAGAGGAAUUCCUGUAGAGGUGGAGACGUAAAUAUGCCAUAAUUUAUUUUCAGGGUCUCAUAUACGGCCCCAUCGUAGCUGACAUGUGCCUCGAUUAUUAUCUUCUGCGGUUUACAUUUCUCUUUAUUGCGUUAAAAGGUUGAGCACACAAAGAAAAUGCUUUAUUUGCAUGCAAACAGCCUUUCCUGUUAUGCAUUAUGAAACUGUGUCCUUUAUAUACAUGCAGUCUUCAUUAACCAUGUUAUGCAUAUAUGCAGUUAUGAUACAAGUAUUCAUUUCAUGAUAAAAACAAAUUCUAUUUACUGAUAACUGUACUUUUUUUAUACCUAUGUGCCUUACAUUUGUCUUGGAGUUGAUGUUUUUAAACUGUUUAAAGCAACAACAAAAAAAAGACUGUUGAGAGAUGAGUGCUAAUUUUACACAUAUUGUGCCAUCCUCUAUCUAAUAAAAGUACAAUUUUUUAAAGUUUUCUCUGAUAUUUACAGUAUAACUACAAAAGCACAGGUUAUCUAACUGCUUAAAUUCUGCGAUUACUA